AUGUCCGGGCGGUUUGAACAAUGCUACGAUAAUCUCCGCGUCUCGAGAAACGCCUGGGAUACCAAUUUGGUCAAGGUCAACCCGAAGUAUUUGGCGGUCAAUUGGGAAGCUGGCGGUGGAGGCGCUUUUGCGGUUCUUCCUCUGGAGGAGCGUGGCAAAUUGCCGGACAGAAUCCCUCUGUUCCGUGGUCACACCGCGGUCGUUCUAGACACCGAUUGGAACCCUUUCAAUGAUGAUCUGAUUGCCUCGAGCUCGGAUGACGGAAAGGUUUUGCUCUGGCGGGUCCCGGAGAACUUCACCGUCCGCUCCGAUGCCGACCCGGAUGAUAUCAAGGACAUUGCGCCUGUCGGGAAAUUGACUGGCCACCCCAAAAAGAUCGGCCACGUGCUUUUCAACCCCGCGGCAGAGAACGUGCUGGCAACAGCCUCGGGCGACUAUACCGUGAAGAUCUGGGAUAUCGAGGCGGGUGCUCCGAAGUUGACCCUGAACGUCGGCGACAUUGUGCAGUCCCAGUCGUGGAGUGCCAACGGCUCACUUCUGGUCACCACGUCGCGGGACAAGAAGCUGCGAAUAUGGGACGUGCGUCAGGAACGGCCGGCACACGAGACAAAUGGACACACGGGGGCCAAGAACAGUCGUUCGGUGUGGCUGGGCGAGCGCGACCGGAUCGCGACUACCGGCUUCUCCAAGAUGAGUGACCGCCAGCUGGCCCUGUGGGAUAUCCGUGCGGUGCGGGAACCCAUCAAUGGUUUCAAGACGUUGGACUCGAUCUCCGGUGUGUGCAUGCCCUUCUGGGACGAUGGUACCAGCUGCUUGUAUCUGGCUGGACGAGGUGAUGGUAACAUCCGCUACUUUGAGCUGGAGAAUGACAAAUUCGAAUUCCUCUCCGAGCACAAGUCUGCCGACCCGCAGCGUGGUAUCGCGUUUAUGCCUAAGCGCGGUGUGAACAUGCACGAACACGAAGUGGCCCGGGCCUACAAGACGGUCAACGACACAUACAUCGAGCCUGUUUCGUUCAUUGUUCCCCGUCGGUCCGAGACCUUCCAGGAUGACAUCUACCCGGCCACGAUUGGCCUGACCCCAGCUAUGGGCUCGUCCGACUGGCUGGCUGGCAAAGAGGCAAUUCCUCCCAAGAUUUCCAUGGCCAGUCUGUACGACGGGCAGGGUAUCCAAGAGGUGUCGGGAAGCCAGGACAAGCCGACGGGCUCUAUGGAGCCUGUUGAGUCGACGCCCAUUGAGAAGAAACCCGAGCCGGUGGCCAAGAAGCCGGAGCCGGAGCCUGUGCCGGAACCCAGCCCCGUGGCGAAACCAGCUCCAUCGAUGAAGGAGCAAGGCGCGUCGAUGGCGGCCAUGGUGAACAAGUUUGCCGACGAGGAGGAUGAUGCCGAUACCGUUGAAGAAGAUGACGAUGCCUCCAGUUUUGAGGAGGUUCCUAAGCCGGUUGAGCGCGCCGCUCGACCGGUCGUGGCCGAGUCAUCCUCGCCCCGAGUCAGCAGCCCUCUGCGACCUAAAGAGGAGCCCAUGCCACAACCAAGCGUCGCUACUCUCACUACCUCAUCCCCGGCUAGCGAAUCGAACCUGCCCGUCGCCACCGUGCACCGGGAAAUUGAAGAGAUUAAGAACCUGAUUGCUGAGCAGACCAAGACGAUUGCCACGCAGGCCCAGCAGAUACAGAUCCUGACCGGCGAAAUUGAGUCGCUCAAGAGCAAGCUGACCUAG